AUGGGGGCCGUUAGCCGCCCCAGAGCGCGCGGAGCCGCAGAGGCGUCGCUGGACUACAACGCAGUGCAUCUCGGGAGGCCAACUCCACAGGACCCGGAGGGCUUCGGCUCGCUGCGGCGCUGCUACGCGCGGGGCGCGGGACCACACCCCCGCCAGCCAGCCUUCCAGGGCCUCUUUCUGCUCUAUAACCUGGGCUCGGUGGAAGCCCUGCGUGAGGUUCUACAGCUGCCCGCUGCCCUGCGCACCUGCCCGCCCCUCCGCAAGGCCUUAGCGGUAGAUGCUGCCUUCCGAGAGGGCAAUGCUGCCCGCCUGUUCCGCCUGCUCCAGACCCUGCCCUACCUGGCAAGUUGCGCUGUGCAGUGCCAUGUGGGCCAUGCCCGCCGGGAAGCCCUGGCCCGCCUCGCUCGUGCCUUUAGCACCCCCAAGGGCCAGACCUUGCCUCUGGGCUUCAUGGUCAACCUCCUGGCCCUAGAUGGACUCAGGGAAGCACGGGACCUGUGCCAGGCCCAUGGGCUGCCCUUGGACGGAGAGGAGAGAGUUGUGUUCCUGAGGGGUCGCUAUGUGGAGGAAGGGCUACCGCCUGCCGGUACGUGCAAGGUGUUAGUGGAGAGCAAACUUCGAGGACGUACCCUGGAGGAGGUGGUCAUGGCAGAGGAGGAAGAUGAGGGUGCGGACAGACCUGGGUCCCCAGCCUGAGGAGGGAGCGUGAGCCUCCCAGAGCCCCAGGACUGGGCCAGAGCACUUAGGUUUCUUUUUCUAUGGUUCCCAGAUAAUAAAAGGAACUUGUUUUGUUGGUA